CGCACCGCCUCGCUCAGAUCUACCCCCUUCCGACCGCGUCGUCGUCGCGUCGGUCGCGUCUCGAGCCGAGGUUAAACGCAGCAGCCGGCGAACGGCCCGCGCGACGCGAGAUCGGAAGCGGAAUCGAUCAAUUCGCGAAUCCGCGGCGGGAGCGCACUACUGACGCGCCAUGUCUAGCGGACUCGGCAAAGGGAUCGGGAUCCCGGUGAAACUCCUGCACGAAGCCGAGGGGCACACGGUGACGAUCGAGCUCAAGAACGGCGAGACGUACCGCGGCACGCUCCUCGAGUCGGAGGACAACUGGAACUGCCAACUCGAGGGCAUCACGCAGACGGGCAGAGACGGCCGCGUGAACCAACUGGAGCACGCGUACAUUCGCGGAAGCAAGAUCCGGUUCCUAGUCAUUCCGGACAUGCUGAAGAACGCGCCGAUGUUUAAGCGGAUCGAUCCGAGGGCGGGCGGCGGCGGGAGAGGCGGGAGAGGCGGCGGCGGGAGAGGCGGCGGCGGGAGAGGCGGGCGAGGCGGCCGCGGGCAGUGA